AUGCCCCUGAACAACCCAUUUAGGAAUCGUGAUCACGGGGGUAGCCCAACCACCACAGAGCUGGCAGUCCGCUUGGAGCAUCUGGAGCAACUGAUUCAUCCCAACCUCGGUGUUCUGGCAUCCCAUUCGAGCGAAAAUGUACAUGGCGAGCGAGAUCCUGACGCUGUGGCUGCGCCACACCAGGAUUUGCGCUCGGGAGGGACUCGUUCAGGUACUAUCCCAAGGCAGAAAUAUUUGGCACGUGUUCAGCCACCCAGCUUCUCCGGGGAGAUAUCCAUUCAAUAUACCCUUAAUCAGGUGGAGGGUGACUUGGUGAAAUCGGACCGCACAUUCGAGACUGCGAUUGCUCACAGUCCAACUCGACGGUCGACACCGGCCUUAACCCCUGUCCCGUCUUCCCCAGAUGGCGAAGCCACAUCUCGCGUGGCCUCCGAUCUCGAUAAGCUUCUACACAAGCAUGGCAUUGCGGCAGAUAGAGUUCGCUGGGAUGAAUUCCUGCAUACCUUUUGCAACGAGAUUCACACCAUGUAUCCACUCCUUCAUCUCCCGACCCUGUGGCACCGAUACACACAAACAUGGACCACAUGGUCUUUGGGUGAUACGGAGCCAAGUAUGCCGACCGAACGGCACAAACAAUUUGUGGUCGCUCAACUACUGCUUUGUCUCGCCACGGGACGUUGUACUGCGUCGCCUCGCGUUGCUGGUGCAGAGGAUCGACACUCUGCGGGGUGGAGUCUGUAUCGAGCUGCUGCAGAGCUCGUCGGCGAUAUAUUCGAUUGCUUCGAAGAAUGCUCCGAUCAGAUCUUGGUCUUGCAGACGCUAGCUUUGAUGGUCAUUUAUCUGUUUCGCUUGGACAUGAUUAACAAAGCAGAAAAGCUUCUCGCGAUUGCCAUUUCGCACGCUCAUUAUCUGGGGCUUCAUCGGUCCCAGCCUGUUAUGGAAGGGCUGACACCAUCUGAGAUUGAAAUCAAUCGGCGGCUUUGGUGGUGUCUCUAUACCAUGGAUCGCCGACUCGCCAUCGACACAGGACGCCCAUUUCUGAUCCAGGACAUCAACGUAAAUACACCUUUACCGCAGGGCCUACAUGAUGAUUAUCUUUUUUAUCGUCAAGUGGACUCGGCUUUGAGUCUAAUCUCCGCUCCGCAAACACCCAACAGAGCCACCGGCGCAGUGACCCCGAUCCCGUACCUCACUGCAAUGGUGACAUAUUCUCGGGUGCUGGGAAAGGUUUGGGAGGGGAUGUACGGUGCUGAUCCAGUUUUGCAACCCUCUCCUCGGAACAGUCCCCUGCUCCGCGAACACUUCGAGCACUUGAUUUCUCGGGCGCAAAAGGAGAUCCCACCAGAGUUUGUCUACCACCUUUGGCAGCGAGAAUCCCAUCCCAAGCAGCCAGUAGAAUGGCUAGCCAAGCAGCAAACGCUCAUGCGGGUCCGAUGGCUCUCGCUGCGUCUACUCAUCCGUAGGCCCAUGCUUCAAGAGAACACUUCUUCCCCCGCCGACAUUAUUACCGGACUCGACAAUGAACAGAUUUGCGCACAAAUUGCCGGUGACGUGAUCCAAAGGUGCAACGAAAUCUCCGAGGAGCAGACGAUCUUCACGUAUCCUUUCUUUCAUUAUCUACUCAGCGCGGCAAUCAUCUCAAUCGGACUCAUUAUCAAGCAGCCGUCAUACAAGGAUGCGUUUGGCUACAUAACCGUGAAGGCAAUUCAGGUUCUGGAAGCCUACCCUCGUCGAACAUGGGUUUCGGGGAAGUUAAUCCGGAACUUGUCAAAGCUGGGUCACAUCGUACGGCGAGUCAUGGCUAGAGGUGCUCGCUCUUCUCCAGUGGUUCCCGACCAUCAUGGCCCUCCGAAAGGAUUGGCACCUGUCUUGCACAAAUCUUCGGCACCACAUACCGAUAAGCUUCCACCAUCACCUGUACCCAGAAACCCAAUACCUAGUUCGUACCUUCGAUUGAAAACGCCAGCCCACCGGCAUCAUCGCGUGCCAGUACAAUAUAGCAGUGUGACUAGUGGGUCUGAGGUAACAAUAGCGCCGUCAUACAUACAAGCCCCUUUCGACGCGUUGCCGAACCCUGGUAUGACGGAUUGUGAUUACGAGGACCAAUACUUCGCGUACGACAGAAACCCAAGUGGUAACGGAGGGCAUGUUCGAUCGAAUGCCAGGUGCUGCGCACAUGGGCCGCCUCUACGGUCGCACGAAGUUACUACCACCGUCCCGGAAGAGGAUGAUGCCUGCUGGAUGUCGCUAGGUAGUAGGCUGAGACAAUCCCCGCCUACGGAACGAUCGUUCGAGUGUGCAGAUCGGGGAGAAACCGUGGUACAAGAGAUGCAGUGGCUCGAAGCGCUUUUUGGGAGUUACCUCGACUCGAACCUCAUCAUUCGGCCUGGUGAGUGAUUAUGUGGAGGCUGGAUUACUGGGAUUUGCAAAGAUAUUGACCAUGAUUGAUAAGGGCAUAUUCUGCCACUUCAUUCCAGAUGCUCCUUUAAUUACUCUGUCUCUCUCCUUUAUUCCUUG